AUGUGUACAGAAUGGUCAUUUUCUCCCUUGAUGGUCAAAGAAAGCGUAGUCACAUGGAACUGCAUUCAUCUGAUGACAGAGGAGGGUAACCACCAGCCCACCCAGCACUUCCCAUCUUGCUUGUCUGCAUCCAUCAAGAGUUUGUGUGGACAUCCUGAGCAGCCCAUUCAGAGCCCUCACCGUCCUCACAACCAGGAAACUGUACCCAGCACUCUCUACCAAAAGCUUCUACCAGUUAGAAGACAAAUGUACCCUGUUCACCCAACUGGUCAACUCCUGAAAUUGGAUUUGUUAUCUGAGCGCCAAAGAAUUGAUACUUUUGAACUGUGGUAUGGAGAAGACUCUUGA